AUGCGACACGCGGGACGCAGCGGGAAACCAAAGCGAAAGGCGUGCCUGACUUGGAGAGUUGCGUCGCGUUCCGUCUUCUUGGUUGACACGCCCCAGCCGCCCAAGUCUCUGAUCUCUCGGUCGCCGACCACUGACAUCAAGCCGUGCAAGUACCAGACACCAAGUGCGUACGCCCUCUUCAUUCUGUCCGUCCACUGGCUGUCCGUGCCGGCAAAAUACAGGGAUAUGCUCGCGGUCCCACGUCCGGACCCGAGGGCUGUUGGUCGCUGCUCCCUGCAACUCGCGCCAUCACGCCGCAGCCGUCCACCAAUCCAUGACGGGCCAUGGCAAUCCCACUGCCGGCCUGGGUGCCGCCCGACUUGCGUCUUCGUGUGCGUUUCGAAUGGCUCUUGCUGGCGGACCGUGUGCAAUCGCUCAGUCCUCCAACAUCUCUCUGCUCACGCCACUUGCCCCGGCGUGCGCUCCGAUGUGCCUGCGGCCCGUGUCCGUGGCGAAGAAACGGCCAGCAGCCGUGGCAAUCAAUUAAUUCGGACGCCAGCUCAAUCGAGACGGUCCAGACGAGCCGCGCAGCGGGCCGACACGAACCAGUCUUGGAUACAAGUGCCCAAUGGCUGGUCUUGGCCGACCCGUCUCACCCGCCGCUCCCACAGCCUCCGCACCCACCCUGGCAAGAAUAUGUAUAAUUGCUCGACAUUACUGCACCUCCUCAGUCCUAGCUUUCGACAUGAAAACUUUCUUGAGGCUGUGUCCGCCAUUGGUCGCAGUCCACCGCAAUCGUGCCCGCCCAGCAAGGCGUCGAAAGUAACGUCAACACAUAGGCUUCACGCCUGUGUAUCAGGUCAGUCAACGCCUGGCCGCGCGCGCGGGCCCCGGCGCGUCGUUGAGCCGCUUGGCGACGUCAACCGGCGGCAGCGCACACGGGCCCGUGGGAUACCCCGGGGCCCGUCCGGCUGCCGAUCGCUCAUUUUAAAAAUGCCCGACCACCGUCUUCCGUCAGCGUGCAAAUCGACAAAGGACGCGGAGAGUUUGGCCGUAUGGGGCAGCAUGUGUAUUCCUCAAGGAUGCUCUCCAUGCGGGGCGGGUUCCGCUCGUCUGUGCGAGUAUCGGCCAGUCGUCACUGAUGGUCGUCCUAGGGCCUCAUGA